GGUCCGGGGGGCGGCACCCCAAGAGCCCGAGAGGGGCGCGAUCAAGGCUAUAACUCCCCGCAGCAGCCGAGAGCGGAGAAGGCAGAGAGAGGCGCUCAGCGGGGUUCGAACUCGUGCAGGAGAGAAUCGAAUUUCUGUUGAGAAGGGGUGGAAGGAAACGCAGCAACAGAAAGUCCCGCAAGAUCCAGCGUGCAGUCUCUUCUUCGCCGCUGCCGCCGCAAAGUAGAAGAGGGAGGCAGGGAGCUGCAGAAAACGCAACAGUUUUGUAGAGACCCUCCACCCUUUCCCCGGUCCGUGCGAGAGAGUAACUGUUCGGUCAGGAGCAUCGGCAGCAUGUCCAGGUGCGUGCUGAGCCUUCUCGUGGUGCUCUGCAGCUGGAGCCUGAGUGACUUGAUGUUGGAAGCUUGUACCUGCGUCCCAAUUCACCCUCAGGAUGCUUUCUGCAACUCUGACAUUGUCAUCAGAGCCAAGGUAGUGGGCAAGAAGCUUAUGAAGGAUGGACCUUUUGGGACCAUGCAAUAUACUGUCAAACAAAUGAAGAUGUACAGGGGUUUUGACAAGAUGCCACAUGUUCAAUAUAUCUACACAGAGGCCUCUGAAAGCCUUUGCGGGGUCAAGCUGGAGGUCAACAAGUACCAGUAUUUGAUUACAGGCCGAGUUUAUGAUGGAAAGGUUUACACAGGACUGUGUAACCUGAAUGAGAAGUGGGAUCGACUGACUCUCUCCCAGCGCAAAGGACUCAACCAUCGUUACCACCUUGGUUGUGGCUGCAAGAUUAAGCCCUGCUACUACCUUCCGUGCUUUGUGACCUCCAAGAAUGAGUGCCUGUGGACAGACAUGCUUUCCAGCUUCGGCCAACCAGGGUACCAGUCAAAGCAUUAUGCCUGCAUCAAGCAGAAGGAGGGCUACUGCAGCUGGUACAGAGGAUGGGCACCUCCUGAUAAAACAACCAUCAAUGCCACAGACCCCUGAACACCCCCUUUUCUUUGUUCCUUCCCUCCCAUGCGGCUGAGCAUUCUUUGGACACUAACUCAUAUCAGAUCAUGAUGACAACCAUGAUAUUAGUGCCUGUUUCUUGCAAAUUUUAGCACUUCGAACUUUGGUGUUUGUUUGUUUUUUAAAUCUAUGCUGUCUUAACUGAUUUUCUUUUGUUUUGUUUUGUUUUAAAUCACUUAAAAACAACAACACAAUCGCUAUCACCCAUUUUUGGUCAGAAGAGAUUUAUCUGGGAACUUCUGUUUGCACACCAGAUAAAUAAGGGAGCUUUGGUUCUCAGUUAUGCAUCACUCUCUAUAUAGCAAUAUAAUCUAUAUUUUUGUAGGAAAACAAAAAUCUCAAAAAUUUCCCAGAUGGGUAUUGUAUCACAAUUCCAGCCCCCUCCCCAAGCUGCUUCUUCACUUACACAUUCAAUCCUCAGACCAUGUAGAUACUCUUUUUUAAAAAAAAAUGCAACCAGUUAGGAUUAACAAUGUGAGCAAAUUUAAGCCACACACCGGAUGGAUGAAAAGAAAGUGAUGAUGUUUGAACUGGAUAGAGCACUGGGGGGAUUCAGCUGUCAUGUGCAUUAAAAGCACUACAUCAAAAUGCCUGUCUCGUUUGAAAUGUGAAUGUAAAAGCUCCAUUGUAGUUCUGGGUUGUGCAAGAGCAUAAAUAACAGCUUUUAAAAAUAAACACCAAUUAAUGGGAGCGAAUCCCUCUUCUAAGUACGGAGCAAACAAGUUCAGAACCAAAUCAACACCAGGCAUUUUGGGGUUUUUAGCCAGGCUUCCAAGAGGUCUUUUCAACAUAAACCCCUAAUACAUGCAAAUGUAUCAAUACAAAAUAAAACAAAUAAAUACACUUAAACAAAGAUACUUGGAAAGAGAGGCAAAGGGAAGUCUGGAGAAAAGAAAAAAAAAGUAAUCUAAUUAAGGCUAUUGGCAUUAAGAAAUUAGAUGCCAAAACAUUGUUUUGUUGAAUGGAAAUGUAUAUAGAUAUGAUGAUAUAAGCUAUUUUUGACAGGACAUGGAAUUGUUUCAUGCUAUAAGCAAUGACAAGUUUGAAUCUUCACAUUCCAAGUCACUGGAUACUAUUUUUUUUUAAAAAAAAACUAAAGAGGUUGACUUUCCGGUGUUUCUGCAGUAGUGACAAUAAUGGGUGUUUAUUCCCCAUGCUAUGUGCUUCCCUCCUCUCCUUUUAGCUGCAAUAAGGGCCAAUGCACACAGCUAUUCGAAGACUGAAAAGUCACUAGGUUUCCUCCUCUUCACCAGUCAUUAACAAAGCAGUCUUGGGAAAGUGCCCUGGUUAAUCAAAGUGAAAAACAAUUCUGUUUCUAGGACUUUUCAUUGUGUGGUGAUUAUACUACACAGGAGCCUUUUCACACUACCACAUUGCCAUAUGAAUACUAUGCGGAGAAACACUCCUUGGUCAUUCUUUUUCCUCCUCUGAAAUGAUCUGCAUCAGUCUGCAUAGUAGCCAGAAAAAUACGCUGGAUGGGUAUAUAACACACCCAUCUGUGCUACCAGAGAAAUACUUAGGAAGUACAGAAUUCCCUAAGGCUCUAGAAAUCACCUUCUAGCAAUGCAAUCCUAUGCAUGUCUUCACAGAAGUAUGUCCCGUUGAGUUCACUGGGACUUACUCCUAGGUAAGUAUGUAUAGGAUUAUAGCCUAAAGGAACAUUGCUGGCUAUGAUUAAGCAGAACUAUGCUUAUGGGCUCAGUAAACCUUCUGGCAAUAGGGGAUGAAGGAGGAGGUUGUCCCACCUUCACUGUGGACUUGGUAAUUUGUUUGUUUUUAUUAUGAAAAGUAUAAUAUAAAAAUAUUGUAAUAAAAGUAUUUUACAUUAUAAUGUUGUCAAGAAGCAGGGUUACUGAUGGGAUGGGCAACUAUAUACUUUGUGGAGGCUGUGGAAUGGGGUGAAAUAUUGACAAUGAACACAAGUUUUCUUUACAGUA